CCAAGCAGCUAGCUGCUCUGGGCUGCAGUGUCCUGAUGGUGCCUGCAAUGUUGACGGGCUUCCUUCCUCUGUGUGUAUGUCUCCUGCUGACACCUGGCUUUGCCGAGGCAGGCAAGCUGCUGGUUGUCCCCAUGGAUGGGAGCCACUGGUUCACCAUGCGAGCCGUUGUGGAGAAACUCAUCCACAGAGGGCAUGAGCUGGUCGUAGUCAUGCCGGAGGUGAGCUGGCACCUGGGAAAAUCAUCCAACUUCACAGUAAAGACUUACUCAACUUCUUACACGCUUGAGGAUCUGGAUCAUGAGUUCAUGGUUUUCACCAAUUAUUGUUGGAAAAGUCAGGACGUUGGUAUAUUAUCUGCAAUAAGGAGCCCAGCCAGCGCUGUGUUUAACUACUUUUUAUCACACUGUAGGAGUUUAACGACACGAAAUUAGUGGAGUACAUAAGAAGAGAGUUCUUUUGAUGCGUUGUUUACGGAUCCUUUUGUUAUGUGUGGCUUACUUGUUGCCAAAUAUUUUUCACUCCCAGCUGUGGCCUUCAGCAGGGGACCAUUUUGUCAUCAUCUUGAAGAAAACACACAGUCCCCAAGUCCUGUUUCUUACGUUCCCAGAGGUCUCUCAGGGUUGUCAGAUACCAUGACCUUCAGGGAGAGAGUAUUGAACCACGUCUUCCAUUUGGAGGUUUUAUUUUGCCACUAUUUUGUCAGACAUGGGUUAGAAAUUGCCUCUGAGAUUCUUCAAAUGCCAGUCACAGCUUAUGACCUCUACAGCCAUGCAUCAAUUUGGUUGUUAAGAACUGACUUUGUUUUUGAGUAUCCCAAACCUGUGAUGCCCAACAAGAUCUACAUUGGAGGCAUCAACUGCAACCAGAGAAAGCCAAUGCCACAGGUAAGUUACCUCUUCUUUAGCCCAUUAAGAACAACCUGGCUUUGAGUAUGAAAAAACCACUCCUAC